UCCACCCGCUCGGCCGGCGGGGGAUUGCGUUGCGGUGUUUCGUGGGAAUUCCUGUGUGAGAAGAAAACUUGUCCCGGUGUGGCCGGGAGCCUAGGUCCUAUUGCACUUUUUGAGUCCACGCCCGUCUGGGAGAGGGAGGUGAGUCCAACUAUCCAUUGCCAGGAAAUCUGUUUAAACUAGGGAAACGUUCCAUAUAAAAACUUAGAAUGAAAGAAUCUUUGGAUGGUGGAUGUGACAAAGCCAUAGUACCACAGAGGCUUUUGGACAAAAUUAAAGAAGAACCGCAUGAUGCUCAAUUUGAACUCAAACUUACUAGGCAGAUGCUCUACCACUUCAACCAUAACCACAACACUUUCUUCUUCAGUUGUUUUUCAGUCCAACAGUUGACCCCGGGCUUUCAGCUUGCACAGUCUGGCCCAAACACAUCUCUUCCUUCAGUUCCAGCUGUAGCUCCUCAGGUUUAUUGUUCUGCUUGUAAAAGAAUGCUUUAUAAGGGCCAAACUGCCUAUCACAAGACAGGAUCUACUCAGUUCUUCUGUUCUACACGAUGUAUUACUGAAUAUUCUUCAUCUGUCUGCCUACCACCUCCUCCCAAGAAAACCUGCACAAACUGCUCUAAAGCCAUUUUAAAUCCAAAGAAUGUGAUCACAACCCAGUUUGAAAAUUCCUCUUCUAGCAAAGAUUUCUGCAGCCAAUCAUGCUUGUCUUCUUAUGAACUGAAGAAAAAACCUGUUGUAACUAUAUAUACCAAUGGGAUUUCGACUAAGUGUAGUAUGUGUCAGAAAAAUGCUUAUAUUCGAUUUGAAGUUAAAUACCAAAAUGUGGUACAUGGUCUUUGUAGUGAUGCCUGUUUUUCAAAAUUUCACACUACCAACAACCUCACCAUGAACUGUUGUGAAAACUGUGGGAGCUAUUGCUAUAGUAGCUCUUACCAAUCACAGAAGGUUUUUAGUUCAACAAGCAUCACAGCAUACAAGCAGAAUUCAGUGCAGAAGCCUCCCUAUGCCUUGGGGAAAUCAUUGAGGCCCUCUGCUGAAAUGAUUGAGACUACAAAUGACUCAGGGAAAACUGAGCUUUUCUGCUCUGUUAACUGCUUAUCUGCCUACAGAGUUAAGACUGUUACUUCUUCAGGUCUUAAGGUUUCCUGUCACAGUUGUAAGACCUCAGCAAUCCCCCAGUAUCACUUAGCCAUGUCAAAUGGAACCAUAUAUAGCUUCUGUAGCUCCAGCUGUGUGAUGGCUUUCCAGAAUGUAUUUAACAAGCCAAAGGGAACAAACUCUUCAGUAGCAACCCUGUCUCAGGGCCAAGUGGUCGUGAGUGUGCCUUCAGGGUCAGCAGUAUCCACAGCUGCCUCCACCAACACCUUCAGUAGUCCAGUCAGCGGCCCCGCUGCAGCUGCCCUCCAGACUCUUGCUGAACAAUCCCAGCAGAUUGCUUUAACCAAUACAUUUAUGAAACUCAUAUGUCACUACUGUACCCAUCAAUUUGCCACAAAACCAGAGCUGCUUUUCUACAAGGGUAGAAUGUUUCUGUUUUGUGGCACAACUUGCUCUGAGGAAUACAAAAGAAGAAAUAAAGUCAUGGCAAUGUGUGACUACUGUAAACUGCAGAAAAUCAUAAAGGAAACUGUGCGAUUCUCAGGAGUUGACAAGCCAUUCUGUAGUGAAGUUUGCAAGUUCCUGUCUGUUCGAGACUUUGGAGAACGAUGGGGAAACUACUGCAAGAUGUGUAGCUAUUGUUCACAAGUAUCACCAAAUUUGGUAGAAAAUCGAUUGGAGGGCAAGUUAGAAGAGUUUUGUUGUGAGGAGUGCAUGUCCAAAUUCACAGUUCUAUUUUAUCAGUUUUUAGGACCAGUCGUGGUGGUGGGCAAUUCUUGUUUGGGUGCUCCUAAGACAAUAGCUGCGUUGAUCAAGCACCCUUCUACAAGGAAAGCUACAACACCAGUUAUAACCAGUGUGGUGUCAUUGGCAAAAAUACCUCCUACCCAACCCACAGGAAACGCUAACCGUGUUUUAAAAGGUACUACUACCAGCGAGGCAGCCAAGAUAAUUAAAGAUGGCUUGAACUCUGGGCCUAGGCAUUGCCCCUCAGCUCUUCAGCUCAAGGAAUCUACACCAACAAUGACCCUGAAAUUUCUGCCUCCCCAGUGUUCUCAGCCUCCCAAGCUUCAGAAGAACAAAGGUAUAUUGUGUAAGCCGGUCACACAGACCAAGGCCACCUCUUGCAAACCACAUUUACAGCACACAGAAUGUCAGACAGAUUUACCUAUGCCUAAUGAGAGAAAUGAUGCACAACCCGAUUCUCCACCUGCAAAGAAAAAUAGAAUAGGGUUUUUCCAGACUUAUGAUGCAGAAUAUUUAAAAGUCGGUUUUAUCAUCUGUCCUGGAUCAAAAGAGAGUUCACCAAGGCCACAGUGUGUCAUUUGUGGAGAGAUUUUACCCAGUGAAAGCAUGAGGCCAGCAAGCCUUUCUCAUCACUUGAAGACAAAACAUUCAGAAUUGGAAAACAAACCAAUAGAUUUUUUUGAACAAAAAUUUCUUGAAAUGGAACGUCAAAACAGUUCUUUAAAAAAAUGUUUACUAGUUGAAAAGUCACUUGUGAAAGCUUCUUAUUUAAUUGCUUUCCAAAUUGCUGCCAGCAAGAAGCCAUUCUCCAUCGCUGAAGAAUUAAUUAAACCAUAUUUAGUAGAAAUGUGUUCAGAAGUUUUGGGUUCAAGUGCAGGAGACAAAAUGAAAACCAUUCCUCUUUCUAAUAAUACAAUUGGCUAUAGGAUUGAAGAGCUCUCUGCAGAUGUUGAAGAUCAGCUGAUUCAGAAGGUCAGAGAGUCGAAGUGGUUUGCCCUUCAGAUAGAUGAGUCAUCCGAAAUCUCAGACGUCACCCUUCUCUUGUGCUAUAUUCGUUUCAUUGACUAUGAUUGUAGUGAUGUAAAAGAAGAAUUAUUAUUUUGCAUUGAAAUGCCUUCUCCAGUCUCUGGUACUAAGAUCUUUGAAGUAAUAAAUAAAUACAUUGAUAGCAAAUCCCUGAGUUGGAAACAUUGUGUUGGUCUCUGUACUGAUGGAGCUACCAGCAUGACUGGCAGGUAUUCUGGUUUAAGGUCAAAAAUUGAGGAAGUGGCCAUGAAUACAAUGGCAUUCACACAUUGUUUUAUUCACCGGGAACAUCUGACAGCUGCAACGGUAUCUGCAUGCUUACAAGAAAUUCUUUUACAGUCAGCACAAAUUUUAAGUUUCAUAAAAAGCAAUGCAUCAAACUCACGAAUGUUAACGAUAUUGUGUGAAGAGCCAGGGUCUGAGCAUGUGAAUCUACCACUUCAUGCUGAGGUUCGUCAGAUAUCAAGAGGGAGAGUUUUAACGAGAUUGUUUGAAUUGCGAAAUGAAGUUGAAAUAUUUUUAAAUCAGAAACAUUCAGAUUUGGCUUCUUAUUUUCAUGAUGAGGAAUGGGUUGCAAAGUUGGCCUAUUUAGCAGAUAUAUUUUCGCUUAUAAACGAAUUACAUUCAGGUCUCCAAGGAAGCAUGACGACUUUCUUCAGUUUGUAUAACAAAAUGGACAUAUUUAAGGAAAAGUUAAAAUUGUGCUUGAAGUACACACAGGAGAGUGAUUAUGACAUGCUUCCUUCAUUAUCUGAGUUUGUGAAAUCAACAGACUUAAAUGUGAAAAGCAUUACAAGCGUCAUUUUUGAGCAUCUGCAAGGACUUUCUCAACUGUUCCAUGACUGUUACCCACCAGAAAGAGACUUGCGUUCAGGAAAUUUGUGGAUAGUUAAUCCUUUUAUGAAUCACCAAAAUAAUAAUUUUACUGUUGUGGAAGAAGAAGAACUGACAAAGUUAUCUUCAGAUUUAGGAUUGCAAUCAGUAUUUAAAUCAGUGUCUGUAACUCAGUUUUGGAUAAAUGCAAAGGCAGAUUAUCCAGAACUCCAUGAAAAGGCAAUGAAAUUUUUAUUGCCCUUUUCUACUGUUUACUUGUGUGAUGCUGCCUUUUCAGCUUUGGCUGAGUCAAAACAGAGAAGCUUGUUGAUUUCUGGCCCUGCUCUACGACUGGCAGUCACAUCCUUAAUUCCAAGAGUAGAAAAGUUAGUGAAGGAGAAAGAAUAGCAACCUGCAUAUUGCUUAUCAUUAGAGUCUAUAAUUUUGUGUGAAAUUUUGUAUAAGUAUCCUACAAUAUAAUUUCCUAGUGUGGAUUUGUGUUUUCAAUAAUUAAAGUCUUUAAUAAUU